AUGGCCGUUUAUGUUGGAUGCCGGAGUAACAUAUUCCGGUGUAGUUUCCACUCUGGAAUGCGUGGGCCAAGGCAUCACGUGAAGAUGCCAGAGUGGCUAGUGUUACGUAUAACUAGAAGAAGGCUGCUUUUCUUAAAAUUUGGAGAUUCUGACAAUUUGGCUGGCCCUGUUAUGAUGGCUGAUUCUUCAUCUUCUCAGUACAUACGUUUGGUACAGCAUUUGAUAGAAGAGUGCAUCUUAUUCAAUAUGGGCAAAGAGGAAUGCAUGGAUGCUCUCUCCAAACAUGCAAACAUCAAACCCGUCAUUACUGCCACCGUGUGGAAGGAACUAGAGAAGGAGAACAAAGAGUUCUUCGAAGCCUACAACAAGAACCGGGAGGAACGUGCAUCUGAAGCAGAGACAAGACAAAGAAUCAAAAAGAUGCUGUUGGAUUCUUCUACCAAAGACGACUCCACUGAUGAUGACUAG